GGUUCAAGGAUAAAAACCAUCGGGCCCAAGUGCCACCCAUAGUCCAUCUGCAGAGUCCUCUUCCACAGCUGGGAUUCAUCCUUGCUGAAAAGCGAGGCUAAAAGCAAGGGAACAGAACACCAUGCUAUCACAUAGUACCUUGGUGAAGCAGCGGAAACAGCAAGCAUCAGCCAUCAUGAAGGAAAUCCAUGGAAAUGAUGUGGAGGGCAUGGACCUGGGCAAAAAGGUCAGCAUCCCCAGAGACAUCAUGUUGGAAGAGUUAUCCCAUCUCAGCAACCGUGGAGCCCGGUUAUUCAAGAUGCGCCAGAGAAGAUCUGACAAAUACACAUUUGAAAACUUCCAGUAUGAGACGAAGGCACAAAUAAACCACAAUAUUGCCAUGCAGAAUGGAAAACUGGAUGGAAGCAACUUGGAUGGUGGCUCACAGCAAGCCCCACUGACUCCCCCCAACACCCCGGAUCCGCGAAGCCCUCCAAAUCCAGAGAAUAUUGCACCAGGAUAUUCUGGACCACUGAAGGAAAUUCCUCCAGAAAGAUUCAACACCACAGCGGUCCCUAAGUACUACCAGUCUCCCUGGGAACAGGCCAUUGGUGAUGACCCAGAGCUUUUAGAGGCUUUGUACCCUAAGCUUUUCAAGCCUGAAGGAAAGGCAGAGCUGCCCGAUUACAGGAGCUUUAACAGGGUUGCCACCCCAUUUGGAGGUUUUGAAAAAGCAUCAAAAAUGGUUAAAUUCAAAGUUCCAGAUUUUGAGCUACUCCUGCUAACAGAUCCCAGGUUCAUGGUCUUUUCUAAUCCUCUUUCUGGCAGACGGUCCUUUAACAGGACUCCUAAGGGGUGGAUAUCUGAGAAUAUCCCCAUAGUGAUAACAACUGAACCCACGGAGGAAGCCACUGUACCAGAAUCUGAAGACCUAUGAAAAGAAAGGUGUAUGAGCUACAAAACCAUAUAAAUAUAAAAGUUUCUGUUUUAUUAUACUAUUUACUGGCAAAGCCACUUACAUUCUUCAUUAGCAGCAGUAAAUUAAUAAAGAUGUAGCAAUUUUUCUUGUAUGGCAUUCAAUUUCAAUCUCAGAUCAACAAUUAAAAUCUUAUUUUAAAAAGCUUUUAA